AUGUCGACGACACAAGCUCCAAGAAAACUUCGUGAUGCAGAACUUACUGCACUCAAAGCCAGUUCAAGACUCAAUGAAGAAGGUAAGACAAAUCUGUUACGAAUGACUGAUCAUUGUGAACUCAAACGUUGUUUCUUUCAUGAAAAUGAUUUUAGAAAUACAAAACUUAAAUUUCAAGAGAUUGAUGAAUCUGGUGCGGACAAAAUGAAUAAAGAGCAAGUUGUGAAAUUCUACAUAGAAAUUGGUAGUGAUCGUGGUACAGAUGAGCGCAUAGCUAAUAAUGUUUUUGGUAUCGUGGAUCAAGAUAAUGAUGGUUUACUUAAUUUUAGUGAUUUUGUUUUGGGUACUAUUUUCUUGAGAGGGGCAAGUACGGAACAUGAAUAUUCAUUGAUGUUUGAUAUAAUUGAUGUUUCGGGGGACAAAUGUAUUAGUUAUGAUGAAAUAAAAAAGUUUAUGGACAAAAUAACCAAACUAGAUGCUACUGCUCGUGGAGAAGACGUAUCAGAAGUCGAUUUAAAGAAGAUUACAAGUGAUAUUUUUAGUGAAUAUGGUGUUAAUGAAUAUGAAAAAUUGAGCAAAGAACAAUUCAUUGAAGGGUAA